UUUCAUAACACGAGGCGAAGAAGCAACGGCGAAUCCGAACCGCCGGAAUAUGGCGGCGGCGGCGAGGGAGGACGAGCUGAUGUCGCUCCCCACGGACGUCCUCGACAUCAUCCUCGCGCGGAUCCCCUUCGACCUGCUGGUCCGCACGUGCUGCCUCUCCCACGCGUGGCGGCGCCGGUGGGAGUCCGUGCGCUACCUCGACAUCCGCCUCGGCUGGGGCUGCCGCGGCGCGCCCUCCGCCCGCGACCUGUGGCGGUGCGCGGCGCCCGUCGUCGGCUUCCGCGCCUGCGUCCACGCCCGCCACUUCCACCACCUGCCCACCUGGUUCCCCGCCCUGGCGAGCAAGGGCGUCCGGGAGCUCGCCAUCGAGUGCGACGGGGUGCGCCGCGGCCACCCCGACACCCCGCCGUACUGGGUCAUCGACCAGGGCCUCUUCUCCUGCGCCGCGCUCGCCGUCCUCCACCUCGAGGACUGCGACAUGCCGCUCGCGCCCCCGGGGUUCCGGGGAUUCCCCAGCCUCGUCUCGCUCACCCUCCGCGGCGUCACCCUCCCGGCCGAGGGCGGCGGCGCGCGGGUCGAACACCUGGUCGCCGCGGCGCCGCUCCUCGCCGAGCUCAGGCUGGACGACGUGGACGUGGAGGAAUUGGAGGACCCCACGCCUCCGUUGUACAAGUGGGCCGUUCGGGCGCCUCGCCUCCGGGUCCUAAAGAUGGCUACGCGCUUGGACAUCGGCUGCCGGAUCCCGGAGGAGCCCCCAUUGCUGGAGGAGGCGUACAUCGACAUUGGUAACAGCUUCAUGAGUUUCCACGAAAUUUUCCGAGGGAUUAUUACUGUCAGGAAGCUUUGGUUCAACAUUCACGAGUUUAACGAAUAUCCACUGGAGGGGAUUUCGUGUAAAUUUGAUAAUCUGAGGGAGGUACACGUGACCACAAAUUUUGGCCAACAACCGAGCACUAUGUCACUAUUUUCCUUACUGAGAUGUGCUCCGUACAUUGAAGACCUAAGUAUUGAGGCUGAAGAUAUUUCAUUUUCGCAUAGAGACGAUCCUUAUGAAAUUGAAGAAGAUGACUUUAUAAGUUCAGGGAUAAACGAGAACUCGUUUUCUAGCCUCAAAUAUGUGUCUCUGAGUGGUAUCACGUACUCGUCAAAUCAGCUGCGCUUUAUGAAGUUUUUACUCUCCAAAACAGAAUCACUUCAAUCCUUUGCUGUUACUUUUCUAUAUAGUAAAUCAAACAAAGAGUAUGUGAAAGCAUGCAGGGUACUAAGAGCCUUUAGAAGGGCAUCCGCAUCACCCCAAGCUAGGUUCGAGGUAAGGCUUUGGGACAAACCAACCCCAAGACCGUCAUUCUUUUCAUGUCUGCCUCCGUAAUGUGGAAGGAUGAUGUUCAAACUUGCAGCUGUUCAGAGUCUAGAUCUAUGUGGCUGUCGUUGUACAAACAUCUUAGAAAUCCUUCUUGAGGCAGAGUGAAUGACUACGAAGUUGUUCUGAGAUGAAGUAUCCCACAAAAGAUGGUACCAAUAUUGUCUCCAUGGAACGCUAUGAUUAGGGUACUGUCUGAUUUAUCAUUAUUUUUAAAAUGCAUCAUGAUUCUCAUUGAGGCUACUGCAGUCAAAGA